AUGUCUGGCUUUGGCAGCGGCAGCUUUGGCGGCUUUGGCCAGAGCAACAACCAACAGUCAACUGGCUUUGGCGGCUUCGGAGCCAACAACGCGACCAGCACCAGCACAGGCUUUGGAUCUGGUACUGCUACGAACAGCGCCUUUGGGUCUACCAAUAAUACCAACACGAGUGGUGGCCUUUUUGGCAACACUACUGGUGCCUUUGGCGGUGGUGGCACCUCUUCAAGUGGUUUCGGUUCUAACACCAACACAACCUUCGGAGCCUCAAAACCUGCUUUCGGAGCUUCUACGUCUACUGGAGGCGGCCUUUUCGGCUCCAACAACAAUAAUAAUACCAACACUACUACCCCUUCUUCUGGGUUUGGAGGCUUUGGCGGGAAUGCAACUGCAAGUACGUCAUCUCCCUUUGGAGGAUCUGGCGGAAAUCUGUUCGGCGCCAGCAAGCCUGCCUUUGGCUCCACGACGAACAACACCACCACUGCCACCGGCACCACGUCCUUGUUCGGCGGAAACUCUGGCACCGGCUUCGGUGGCAACGCCGCCACCACUGGAGGCUUUGGCGCAUCCCUAAACCCGGGCAUCGGUUCAAAUGUUGGCGACCCUCCUGGCACGGCCAUCACACCGUUCCAAGCGCACCAGGAAAAGGAAACUGCCGGAGCUGGAAAUCAGUCAAACGCGUUCCAAAACAUUCUCUUCCAAGAACCGUACAAGAAAUGGUCUGCGGAAGAGCUGAGACUGGCUGACUACGCACAGGGACGUCGUCAUGGUAAUGCUAGCGGAGCAGGCGCCUUUGGUGUUUCCAACUUUGGCAGCACCGGCUUCGGUGCGACAAACCAGCAGUCUGCAGGUUUUGGAUCGGGUGCUUCGACCGGAGGUGGCUUGUUCGGCGGUGCCAACAACAACACGAGUACGACGACGGCCACGACCACCGGUUUCGGCGGUGGUUCCGCUGGGGGGUUCGGAUCCGGAGGCGGUCUGUUCGGCAACCAGCCCAAGCCAGCUACUGGAGGCCUGUUCGGAGGCGGCAACACGACAACAUCCCAGCCCGCUCAGUCGGGCGGGCUGUUUGGCACAAGUUCAGGAGGUGGAUUCGGUACCACAAACACGACCAGUGGAUUCGGGUCCACUAACAAUAAUGCUACCGGAGGAGGACUCUUUGGAUCGAACAAUACCGCUGCGAACCAAGCCAAACCCGGCGGCUUUAGUUUCGGCAACACCGGGGCCACGACCGGUGGAUUCGGUGCGAGUAACACGACCAGCGCAUUUGGUUCGAACAACACCACCAAUAAUACGGGCACUAGCGGCGGGUUAUUCGGCAACGCUGGCCAGUCCAAUGGAACUGGACUUUUUGGCAACAACCAAGCCCAAAGUCAGCAGCAAGGAACUGGAUCAGUCUUUGGCGGAGGUGGGUUUGGCGCGCAGAACCAGCAGCAAGCGGGCUCGUCUCUAUUCGGCAACCAGCAAAAGCCGGCCACGGGCGGCGGUGGUCUUUUCGGAGGAGGUGGAACGUCGACUACCGGCGGACUCUUUGGCGGUGGAGGCGCCCCUAACAACUCCUUUGGCGGAGCAGGCACGAACAACUCAAGUGGCGGUCUCUUUGGAUCCAAGCCCGCUGCUACAGGUGGUCUGUUUGGAUCCAAUGCGGCAAGUCAAGGCACGAACGCUGGCGGGGGUCUGUUUGGCGGUAUGGGCACAAAUCCCCAGGCGCAACAGACAGGCCAAUCUUCUCUCUUCGGUGCCGCCGGUCAGAACCAGGCAAAGCCCGGUCUGUUUGGUACUUCACAGCCCGCCGGCAACAGCUUGUUUGGUGGACAGAACACCCAACAGCAAGGCUCUUUGUUUGGCGGCAAUAACGCACAGCAACAGCACCAAGGCUCUAUUCUCGGUGGCUCCGUCAUGGGCAAUACUCAAGGAAUCAACUCAGGCCCUCAGUCGCUGACAGCCAACAUCACUGAUGUUUCGGCCUUCGGGUCGCCGUCCUUGUUCUCCAAUCUCUCAGGUGCUGAGACGCCUAACCCAGGACCAUUGGCCACGCCCCUGUCUAGCAAGUCAAAGCCGAGACGCAGCUCCAUCCUUCCGAUGUACAAACUCAACCCUGCCUCCGCUGCCCGCUUUGUCACCCCUCAGAAGCGUGGGUUCGGAUUCUCAUACAGCACAUACGGCACUCCUGGCGGUAGCCCAUCCAGCGCCGCUAGCACUCCGGGAGGAGCCAGCCGCAGCCUGUUGGGGUCGUCGAGCCUCAAUCGAAGCUUAAGCAAGAGCGUGUCGACUAGCAACCUGAGGAGAAGCUUCAAUGCCGAAGAUAGCAUCCUCGCGCCUGGCGCUUUCUCGGCUAGCUCUGGACCGCGCUACUAUGGGAGCAACGGCAGCGUCAAGAAGCUGAUAAUCAACAAAGACAUGCGUAGCGACCUAUUCUCUACGCCGACCAAGGACAAGCCGUCUGCAGAUCAAUUGAAUGGGUCUCGGAAAUUGGCGAAGCGCGUAAGCUUUGACACCAGCAACGUGGAGGCCCCGGAGGCUGACGAUGUUGAACCCACCAACGCCUCGACGCCCAGGAGUGUUCUUCCCCAAGACUUGACUACUGCUAGCAUCAGUGUCAACGGAUCAAAGCCCCCUACCGGAGACCCGGAACAGGUCAAGGGCAAAGAACUCGCCAUCGUUCAUGAAGAAGACGUUUCGUCUCAGAUACCGGAAGUGGCAAACGAUGGUCUCGAUAAGGCCCCUGGCUCAUACUGGAUGAGCCCUACCAAAGAGACUAUCGCUGGCAUGACUAGAAUGCAGCGGCAGAGAGUUGAAAGCUUCACCGUGGGAAGAGAUAACGUUGGAUCUGUCAAGUUCAAACCCGAGGUUGAUUUGACCAACAUUGACCUCGAUGAAAUAUUCGGAGGGAUCGUCAUUCUCGAAACCCGCUCUGCGACUGUAUAUCCUAUCGCCGCCAAGAAACCUCCUGUUGGCAAGGGCUUGAAUGUCCCUGCUCUGAUCUCCUUGGAGCAGUCCUGGCCACGGGGUAGAGAGAAGCGCCCUGGCCAUGAUGUCAAGCGAGUUGCCAAACAUGUCGAACGUCUCAGGCGCAUCGAGAACACCACUUUCGAAGAGUACAACCCCGAUACUGGCGUUUGGAAAUUCUCGGUCGAGCACUUCACUACGUAUGGUCUGGACUACGACGAGGACGAAGAAGAACCCGAACAGUCGGAUGAUGUCUUGGUUCGCGACAACCAAAGGCACGGCGCCCUUCCCCAGCUACGUUCUCGUGACUCCGAGGCAAGCCCUGGGGAGAAUGACACAUUCGACUUUCGCAGAAACAAGCGACGCGCUCUCCCUGGUGCUUUUGAAGAGAGGGAUGAAGAGUACACGGAAGAAGAGCAUGAUGAUCUUGCACGUCCGUUCCAACCCCAGUCUUUUUUAGAAGAUAGCUUCGCGGGUUCGACCUCGAACGCUCUGGUUCUCUCAACGGAAGAUGAACCGGUUGACGAACAUGAUGUCGAAUAUGGUAUGUCUGAGGAUGAGGAUACGGCGGGAACUCACUUCAGACGCCAUCUUGCCGCGGAGCAGACAAUCGACUCGCCAGAUGGUGACAUGGUUGCCCCAGCCAGCGAAACUCCCGGAGGCAUUCUGCGAGCCAGAAUGCGAGCGCUGAAGGGUUCAGCCACUCCUAUCAAGCUGCAAGUUGCCGGAGGAGACGAAUGGAUGAAUAUGCUGCAAAGAUCCGUUAGCCCUCAGAAGAGAGACCGAACGUUCUUGCGAAGUGUGAAUGAGAUAGCAUCGCGAUCGCACGCGGCAGAAACAGAGAUGGGCCAAAAGGGGCGUGUUGUGUCAGACGGACGCGGUUUUGCGACGAGCAUCGAUUUGAUGAACUCGCUGUUUGAGAAGGCCAAGGCUCCCACCGCCGCGCCCUCGAGAGGAUUUGUUCAGGCUUCUGCAAAGGCUCUCAAGAAUCAGGUGAAGAUGACGCAAGUAGAGCUCACUGAGGGCGUACCCGAAACGACUCUACAUGCCGACACCCUCAUGUCUCUUUUUCACGACCAAGAUACCACCAGCCCUGCCAACGCACAUGAAAGGUUGGUUUGGGAGCUCGCCAGCAUUCUUUUCGACGGACCCGCCUCUGCCGAUGAAGAUCUGGGGAACGAAUCUCGAAAGAGUCGUUUGUCCAAGUUUUGGGCGGCGCUCGUUGAUUCUGCAUCAUCUCGAUCGGUUGCGCUUGCAAGGUCUAGCGAAGAGAAGGCUAUUGCAGCUUUGUCAGGGCACCGCAUCCAAGACGCGUGCAAGUACCUCUUGGAUGGGAACAACUUUCGCCUCGCAACCUUGGUCUCGCUGAUUGGCAGCAAUGAUCAGGCUAAAAAGGACAUGCGCGAACAAAUUGACGAGUGGCAAGACGCCAACUUUCUUUCCGAGUUUGCCGACCCCCUACGCGCCAUUUAUGAAUUGCUGAGCGGCAAUUCAGGCGUGUGCGAGGGAAAGAAAGCAGUACCUCUCGAAGACCGCAUUGAGUCGUUCGUCAUCUCACAGCGUUUUGGCCUAGAUUGGAAGCAGGCCUUUGGGCUCAGGCUCUGGUAUUCUAUUUCACGCAAUGAUCACCUUUCGGCAGCCGUUCGUCUGUUCCGGGAAGACAUAACUCAAGACAGAGAACAGCGUCCUCAGACAUGGUAUCUUGAACAAGGCAUACCGGCACUCUGGAACGAUCGACGUUCAGAAGCUCGCGAAGACCUUCUGUGGGGUCUCCUGAAGCUGUAUUCAGAUGCCGAGACUGACUUGGAAGCUGUACUGCGACCGGAGAAUAGUCAGCUAUCGCCUCUAGACAUUCGGCUGUCUUGGCAGCUCAGUCGCGCCCUGCUAUCCACAAAUAAGGUAUCCUACGGCCAUAACGCAUCUGAGAAGGCCGAUGCUUCGACCAUCGCUUUUGCCGACCAGCUCGUCAGCGAAGGAAGCUGGCUGGAAGCCACGUUUGUCUUGCUACAUCUCGGCAACCCAGACAUGCGAGCGAAGGCUGUGCAGGAGAAUCUUUGUCGGCAUGCGGCCCUACUGGGAUCCGAGACGGGGACCAAUUUCACAACUCUUACGCAGACACUCAAGAUACCGCCUUCUUGGAUCUGGGAAGCUCAAGCCCUGUAUAUGAGAGCUGUCAAGAAAGACGCGGCAGCCGAAGUACAUUGUCUACUCCGAGCCGGUUCGUACCCAGAGGCACACAAUGUGCUCGUUCACCAGGUCGCGCCAUCGGCGGUUGUGAGCCGCGAUUACGACGAGCUGGCGGUUACUCUCUCCCGUUUCGAAGGCCACGACCAUGUCAUUCCUGGUUGGACCCUCGGAGGUGAGGUCUACAAGGCCUUUUUGGAGCUCGUGAGCCGCCGGAAGCAACGGCAGCAAAUUUCCAUACAGGUGCUCGAUGGGCUUCUGUCCGGCCUGCCAGCUCUGCGAGAGAAUGCUGAGAGUGGAAAUAUAACCAGUCUGGCAGCAAUAUCUGAGAUGGGUUCACUCGUGGCUAAGGUGAUGGCGGAAGUACCGAGACACGAUCGGGAUAAUGCCACUCGAGUAUUGAGCCUUCCCCUCACUGAAGACGCCCAUCUCAAGCAUGCGCUUAACAUGAGCCUUUCCUACUACCAAGGCUUAAUGGCGGGGGGCAGAUGA